GUUCUUUUCUGGAGUCCGAGAAACAGCAGUACGCACCAUAAUACAGAACUAGCACCAGGAGUCACCAGCAUUCGCCAAUCGCAAUAUAAACCCCAUUUCAGCAACAUAAACCGAGACAUCAAUCUGAUCGUGGCUAGCAAUGUCAAAGUUCCAAACAUCUAUUCACGAGUACUUGGAGACACUACCGCUACAGACUUUCAAUCGACUCUAUCAGAAGCCGGCAACAUGUCUAGCCAUUUUUCGGCUUUUGCCACCACUCGGAAAACAGAUUGUCAUGUCCAGUCUCUAUGUCGAUACACCGAUUUCCGUUGCGGAUAUGAAGCUAUGGUUCAAAGGAAGUUCAGGACUGCUUAAGCACAAGGAAGCGAUGCAGCGACUCAAGGCACUCAAUAUUUUUUCAGAAGAGCGAGGGAACUACACGAUGAACGCUACAUUCCUGGAGCAAUUCAGGAACGCCUUGACAGGAGGGGGGGAUUCACAGAGCUUUGGAUUGGCGACCUCGACACCGGACAAGCAUCAUGUUGACAUUGCCUUUCUGGACGACUACGCUACCAAACAAUGGGAAGCCAUUUUGCAUUUCAUGGUCGGGACAACAGAAGGCCGACCACCCUGCAAAGGUGUUUUAAAUCUGCUGGGUCGAAGUGGACUCAUGACUGGAGGCUCUGAUAGUGCGCAUGGCGACAGUAUGGACGCACGGGAUUUUGCCAGCCAGAUGGCUCGUCAGGAUUUCGGCGUACCUAAAAUCACACACAAGGGAUUCCAAUUCCUGCUGCAGGACAUCAACACCCAAGUAUGGGCCUUCUUGCUCCAGUAUCUGAACAUGGCAGAGAGUUUGAACAUGGAUCUAGUCGAAGUCUUGACGUUCUUUUUCCAACUUGGAUCACUGGAGCUGGGGAAUGAUUACUCAUCUGAGACAUUGACGCCGACACAGACACAUCUGCUGGAGGAUUUGAAGGCAUAUGGAAUCGUAUACCAGCGAAAGAGGGGCAGUCGGCGGUUUUAUCCAACGAGGUUGGCAACAACAUUGACCUCCGGAACACCCGUUAUGCUGGGAUCACACACGAACGCCACCAAACUCGCGGCAGCAGCAGCAAGGAAGGGCGAAGAUGAGGAGGAGGAUGAUCAUGGGUUUAUUGUACUGGAAACCAACUAUAGGAUCUACGCCUAUACUGAUUCGCCACUGCAAAUCGCUGUGUUGAACCUGUUUGUCCAUCUUCGGGACCGAUUCCCCAACAUGGUAACAGGAGUCAUCACCCGCGAUAGCAUCCGACGGGCCCUAUCCAAGGGCAUCACAGCGGAACAAAUCAUCACCUAUCUCACCGCACAUGCUCACGCUCAAAUGCGGAAACACACCCCGAUUUUGCCAUUGACAGUCGUUGAUCAGAUCCGACUUUGGGAGAUUGAAAAGAAUCGACUUCGCCCUCAGGCAUCAUGGCUGUACUCCAGUUUCAGUAGGCAGCAAGACUUUGAGAGCACGCUUGAGUAUGCAAGCGAACUUGGUGUCGUACUCUGGUCAAACACGAAGAGGCGGAUGGUGUGCAUUAGUACGGAAGGACAUACGCCGGUUGGAGCUUAUGUCCGCAAGCUGAUCAGCCGAAGCAAGGAGCCACAAGGACAGCAGGCGCAACAGCAACAGCAGCACCAACAACAUGCGGCCUCUGUCGCAUCAUAGGCAGUUUAUCCUCUUUUUGUCACCAUACCUCCACAAAUACGGCUGUGUGCAGGAGCUGUUUUAAGGAUGCAAAUGAUUGUCUCAAAGUGUACAUCACAUCAAAGGCGACAGUAAUAAAGUC